UCCUGGAAGAAUUUGAUCCUUUCUCAUUGCUCUUGUCCAAAAUGGCUGCUAGGAAGGCCUUGAAUGUCACUCAUGAAGCUUUGGCAUUGAGAAGGAGCACCUCACCAUUCUUGUCUUCAUGGAUUGCAACAUUAUGCAUAAGGAGAACAUGGUCUCUUCUUCUUCUGUCAGGGUCCAGUGACCUUUGAGGAGGUGGCCGUGCAUUUCUCGGAGGAGGAGUGGGCUCUCCUGGACCCAGGCCAAAGGUCUCUGUACACGGAAGUCAUGGAGGAGAAUCGUGGGAUCCUGGCCUCUCUGGGUGAUUGCAGGGAGAGCAAGGAAAAUGGAGUACACCAGAGAAUGAAAAUGGAAACUGAAGAGAAGUGGAGAAUCAAAUCCAUUUCUUUUGAAGAGUCAGAGUUUCAUGAAAUUCCUAUACUAGAAGAAACUUUUGAACAAAGUCAUACGAAUAUGCACAGUGGAAAGACCCAGUGGAAAAGCUCAGAGUAUGUAAAGACACAGAAGAUAUAUCUUACCAAAUGUCAAAGAUCUCAUACAGAGGAGAAAAGAUUUCAGUGUUUGGAGAAUGCAAAUUUCAACUCACAACUUAACUUGCAUAAAAGAAUUCACACAGGAGAGAAGACAUAUAAAUGCUCAGAGUGUGGAAAGAGCUUUGCUCACCUCAAAUACCUUAAGCAACAUCAAAUAAUUCACAAAGAAGAAAAGCCCUAUAUAUGCUCAGAGUGCGGAAAGAGCUUUGCACACAGCACACACAUUAAGCGACAUCAAAGAAUUCACGUAGACGAGAAGCCCUAUCAAUGUUCAGAGUGCAGAAAGAGCUUCGCGCACAGCACACAACUUAAACAACAUCAAAGAAUUCACACAGAGGAGAAGCCCUAUGACUGCUUAGAGUGCGGAAAGAGCUUUGCCUACAGCGCACACCUUAAGCAACAUCAAAGAAAGCACACAGGGGAGAAGCCCUAUCGAUGCUCAGAGUGUGGAAAGAGCUUUAGUCGGAGCUUCCACCUUAGGUGUCAUCGAAGCACUCACACAGGGGAGAGGCCCUAUGAAUGCCUAGAGUGUGGAAAGAGCUUUGCUCACAGCUACCAGCUUAAGCGACAUCAAACAACUCACUCCAGUGAGAAGCCCUAUAAAUGCUCAGAAUGUGGAAAGAACUUCUCUUGGAGCUCAGUGCUUAAGCAACAUCAAAGAAUUCACUCUGGUGAGAAGCCCUAUAAAUGCUCAGAGUGCGGAAAGAGCUUUGCUCACAGCACAGCCCUCAAGGGACAUCAAAGAAUCCAUACAGGGGAAAAGCCCUAUAAAUGCUUAGAGUGCGGAAAGAGCUUCACUAUGCGCAGCCAUCUUACGUCACAUCAAAGAAUUCACACAGGUGAGAAGCCCUAUGAAUGCUUAAGAUGUGGAAAGAGCUUCAAUCGGAGCACAAACCUGAUUCGUCAUCAACGGAUCCAUACAGGAGAGAAGCCCUAUAAAUGCUCCGAGUGCGGAAAGAGCUUCAGCCAGAAGAUGAACCUUACCAGGCAUGAAAGAGUGCACACGAAGGACAAACCACAUGAAUGCUCAGUGUGUGGAAAGGGCUUUAGUCAGAGCACAACCCUUAGGAUACAUCAAAGAAUUCACACAGGGGAGAAGCCAUAUGCAUGCUCAGAGUGUGGAAAGAGCUUCCGUCAGAAGAUAAACCUUACUAGACAUCAGAGAGCGCACAGAAACGAGAAACCAUAUAAGUGCUCAGAGUGUGGAAAGAGUUUCAGAUAUAGCUCAAGCCUUAAUGACCAUCGAAGGACCCACACAGGUGAGAAACCGUACAAAUGCCCAGAGUGUGGAAAGAGUUUCAGCCAGGCCACCAGUUUCACUUAUCAUCAAAGACUCCACUCCAGAGGGAAACCGUAUGAAUGCCCAGAGUGUGGAAAGAGCUUCAGCCACUGCUCAAACCUUAAUGAACAUCAGAGGAUCCACACCGGAGAGAAACCAUAUCAGUGCUUGGAGUGUGAAAAGACCUUCAGUCAGAAGAUAAACCUUACUAGACAUCAAAGAGUGCACACAGGAGAGAAACCAUAUCAGUGCUUGGAGUGUGGAAAGAAGUUCAGUGACAGCUCGAGUCUGACUUCCCAUCAAAGGAUCCACACAGGAGAGAAACCAUACAAAUGCUCAGAGUGUGGAAAGAGCUUCAGCCAGCUCACUAACUUCACUUACCAUCAAAGAAUCCACACAGGAGAGAAACCAUAUCAUUGCCCAGAGUGUAGAAAGAGCUUCAGUCAGAAGAUAAACCUUAUUAGGCAUCAAAAGGUGCACAUAGGUGGGAAUCCCAUGAAUGUCAUCGACACAGUCAUUUCAUUGCCUUCAGCUCCUAAGAUUACCAAGGAGCUGACACAGUUCUACGACUAG